ACUUGAUCUUCCUCAGUUACAAACCCUUUCGUUCUCUCUCUCACACACAUACAGUUUCUCUCUCUAAAACAUUCGAAAAUGCGUGAAAUCCUGCACAUUCAGGGAGGCCAGUGUGGCAAUCAGAUCGGAGCUAAAUUCUGGGAGGUCGUAUGCGCUGAGCAUGGGAUCGAUUACACCGGAAGGUAUAAAGGUGACAAUGAUCUUCAACUCGAGCGCGUCAAUGUUUACUACAACGAAGCGAGUUGUGGUAGGUUCGUUCCGCGAGCGGUGCUCAUGGAUUUGGAGCCGGGAACUAUGGACAGUCUCCGAUCAGGUCCGUACGGUCAGAUUUUCCGGCCGGAUAACUUCGUGUUUGGGCAGUCGGGCGCCGGAAAUAACUGGGCGAAAGGUCACUACACCGAGGGGGCUGAACUUAUUGACUCGGUUUUAGAUGUUGUACGGAAAGAAGCUGAGAAUUGUGAUUGUCUUCAAGGUUUUCAGGUUUGCCACUCCUUGGGCGGUGGGACCGGGUCUGGAAUGGGAACACUUCUCAUCUCCAAAAUCCGAGAAGAAUAUCCGGACCGCAUGAUGCUUACUUUCUCCGUCUUCCCAUCUCCAAAAGUCUCCGACACGGUUGUCGAGCCCUACAACGCCACCCUCUCAGUCCACCAACUCGUUGAAAACGCCGAUGAAUGUAUGGUUUUAGACAACGAAGCUCUCUACGACAUCUGCUUCAGAACCCUAAAGCUCACAACACCAAGCUUCGGUGACCUGAACCAUCUAAUCUCCGCCACCAUGAGCGGUGUUACCUGCUGCCUACGUUUCCCCGGUCAACUAAACUCCGACCUCAGAAAACUCGCAGUCAACCUCAUCCCUUUCCCUCGCCUCCACUUCUUCAUGGUCGGAUUUGCUCCACUAACCUCUCGCGGGUCACAACAAUACAGAGCCCUAACCGUACCCGAACUCACCCAACAAAUGUGGGACGCCAAAAACAUGAUGUGCGCCGCCGACCCCCGCCAUGGCCGGUACCUGACAGCUUCCGCCAUGUUUCGAGGUAAAAUGAGCACAAAAGAAGUUGAUGAACAGAUGAUUAACGUCCAAAACAAGAACUCUUCAUACUUUGUGGAAUGGAUCCCGAAUAAUGUGAAGUCUACUGUGUGUGAUAUUCCUCCAACUGGGCUUAAAAUGGCGUCUACUUUUAUUGGGAAUUCAACUUCCAUUCAGGAAAUGUUUAGACGUGUGAGUGAACAGUUUACUGCGAUGUUUAGGAGGAAGGCUUUUUUGCAUUGGUAUACGGGUGAAGGGAUGGAUGAGAUGGAGUUUACUGAAGCUGAAAGUAAUAUGAAUGAUUUGGUUUCUGAGUAUCAACAGUAUCAGGAUGCAACUGCUGAAGAAGAAGGGUAUGAUUAUGAAGAUGAAAGAAGAGGAAGAAGUUGAAGAGGGGGUUUGACUUUUGACUUUUGACUUUUGAGAACUGAUUUUUGUUUGUUUGGUGUGUUGGCAGAUGUCACCUACUUAGUGGCAUGUUAUUUGGUUGAUAUUAGUUUUUCUCAGUAUGGUUUCAAGUUUAAGACGAGUAACAUUGUGGGAUAAUAUGAUGUGUGAUAACUUGAAGACAUUUUCUUUCGAUAUUGUGAUAAUCUGGAGUUGUUUGGAUACAAUAUGGAUUUGCAGUAUAUAGAAAAUUCAUAAUCAUACCUCAGGGGAGAC